GCGAGACCGAUCGAAAUAUCCGCAGAACAACAGACCGAGGCACGAUUUCACUUGACACAUAAAACUGCAGAAAAGAAGCUUGUAUAGGUCAGUAUGGAAAAGCAACCGAAAAAUAACGAGCCAAAUCCCUUUGAAGAUUACAUGUGGAUGGAAAACAUGGAGGAUUUCGAUCGACAAAUCGAGGAACAACUUAUCGAAGAAGAGUUCAUUAGAAACUGCAUCGAACAACUUCUCGAAGAUGAGGAAGAAAGAGAAACGAUGAGCGCCACGGAAAUCAUAGCCCAGCAAAAGUUCGAGAGCAUGAAAAUUAGUAACCCUAGUCCACAAGUGCCUCAACAACAACGGCGAAACGUCUCGAUGAACAACAAUUCGUCUGGCUAUCCGCGAUUUGACGCUUAUAGCCAACGAGUUCUGAGUAACAGCAAGCUCAACCCAAAUGCCAAAGUCUUUGUACCUGGAGUAAAAACGGCAUAGCUGUAGAAAAGGGCAGAGAUGGCAAUGUUUUCACUCUGUUUUUUGUAAAUACAAGGGAUAUUCUCAUUGAAGAUAUUGUAAAUUGUUAAGGUGGAGUAAUAUGACUUUACCUAAUUAGACAGAAUAUUAAACAUUUUUAUUCAGCG